AUGACUCUUUACGAAACUGCUGAAGGUAUUCUGGAGACUCAUGUGACGUGGGAAGAUGUCGAGAAGGAACUUCAGAAGACGUUCAGCACGAAGGCAACGUUUGGAGACAGAAAGACGGCGAGAAAUAUUAGUGACUUGAAGGGAUUCAUGUCCAAAAUCGCUUUAAUUGAAGCUGAUUGGCAAAAUGUGGAACCAGGAAAAGUUCUACCCAAAAGAUUUGCAGUAAAGAUUUGCUCCCAACUUCCAUAUAUUGCAUUUUCCAAAGUUUUGAAAUAUACCGAUGAGAAUGGGUUCGAGGAUCAGAAGCUGAAAGAAUUGGGGAAGAUUUUGAGAGAAGCACAUAAUAGAGAAAUCGGAGCAUACAAGUUGUUGGAGAAGUUCAAUCAUCCAGAUGUGCCGUUUACAAAAGUCUACGCCCUGAAACCAUUCACGAGCGAGUCCGACCUUAAGGGGUAUAUGAUCAUGGAAUACAUCCCUGACAUCUUCACAACUUCUAUGACAGAGCCUUUUUCUGCUGAUGACCUUAUUCCUACAAUCAAAGGAGUUUCUACAUUUGCUGCUCUGGGACACAAACUAUCCGAUGACGAAAAAUCGUUCGCACUAGGUGCCGAAUUUCUCGAGUAUUAUUUUAACACUUUUCUGGGACCAGCAACCAUCGAAUCCACUUUUCAAAAUCUAAUUCAAGCAUUUUCAUUCUUGGAACGUUCCAAGGUGGAAGAACUUGUUGAUGUCUAUCGUCAGUAUCUGAAAAUUCUCAACAAGUUUACAAGGAUCUCUGAAGUUCUGGGUUUCCAUCCAAUCCUUAAUCACGGGGACUUAUGGCAAUCGAAUAUGCUGUAUAAAGCUGGAAGCGAUGGAAAGCUGGAAUUGAAAGCUAUUAUUGAUUGGCAAGCACUUUCCCUGCUCCCACCGGCAUUUGAUAUGACAAGACUGUUUAUUAGCAGUCUCACUCCUGAAGAUCGUCGGCAAAGAGCUCCGGAACUUCUGAAAAUCUUCCACGAAACCUUCAUAGCAGUUCUUGGCGAAGAACUUUUCUCAUAUCAAGAGAUUUUCGACUCUUACAACUUGCACUUCCCAUUGAUGUCCUUGAUGGUUCUCCCCGGAACGUUUGGAUUUUUAGACGCUCCACAUUUGGAAGAGCCAGAGAAGUCGCUUGUGAAAAUGAGGACAAGGAAAGGUAUGGAGGCAAUCAUGGAGGAUGUGUUCGUUGCUCAUGAAUAUAAUUUGAAGAAUUUUGCAGAUUUUUUGAAGGAAUAA